AUGGGCCACCAGACCUUCCUCGACAGAGCAGCGGCGUCUCGAGCAGCACGGGCCGACAAUGCAACUCCAUCUGUCCCAAACUUCCUCAUCAGAGCAGUGACGUAUGGAGCAGCACAGGCCGCCAGUGUGGCCGCCUAUGUGCCUGCUUUCCUCGACAGACCAGCGACGUCUGGAGCAGCACAGGCCGCCAGUGUGGCCGCCUGUGUUCCUGCCUACCUCAACAGAGCACCAACGUCUGGAGCAGAAUGGGCCGCCAGUGCUGCCGCCUCUGUACCAGCCUUACUCGACACAACAGCGAUAUCUGUAGCAGCACGGACCGCUGGUGUGGCCGCAUCUGUUCCAACCUUCCUCGACAGACCAGCGAGGUCUGGAGCAGCAGGAGCCGCGGCUGUGGCCGCCUCUGUUUCAGCCUUCCUCGACAGAGCAGCGACGUUUGGAGCAGCACAGGCCGGUAGUGUGACUACAUCUGAUCCAGCCUUUCCCGUCAGAGCACUGACGUCUAGAGCAACAAUGCCGAUAGUGUGGCCGCCUCUGUUCCAGCCUCCCUCGACAGAGCAGCGAUUACUUGAGCCGCACGAGCCAGUAGUGUGGGCGCCUCUUUUCCAGCCAUUCCCGACACAGCAGUGA